UAUAUUUUUUACACAUUUUGGAAUGAAUAUUUUUGUGGAAUUUCCACUCAAUUAUUUUAUUUCAGCUCUCAAUUAAGAAUGUUUGAGAAAGACGAGUCCAAAGUAGUGGUCGACAGAUAACGAAAGAACAUUACAUGAUUUAAAUAUGUAUAUAUGUUCUCCAAUACCACAUCUUAAUUAAUCUGUAUUUAUCGUAUUUAUCUUACGCCUAACGUAUCAAACCUCGUUCGUUUUUUAGUAGAUAAUAAAAAGCUCUUAUUUUUCGUCAUUUCACAUUUGGAGAUUCACUUUUUAUAAAACCGGACGUCACAUUCGGAAAUUCACUUUAUUAUAAAGCAUGUACUCUGUGCUUGUGCUCUUGUUAAGUUUAUUUGUAUCCUUAUUGCGAUCCGAACUUCAUUUGGAACUGGUUCAAGUGUUGAUGAGACAUGGAGAACGGACGCUGUUGCUUAAAGAAACGUAUCCCAAAGAUCCAUAUAAUGGAUUAAUUUAUGAACCAUGGGGUUUUGGCCAAUUAACCAAUCAAGGAAAGCUGACGGAAUAUCGAAUUGGUACAAUGUUGCGACAACGUUACAACGAGUUUUUGGGACCAAUUUAUCAUCCACGUGAUAUCUAUGCUGUCAGCUCAGAUACUGAUCGCACAAAAUCGUCUCUCCAAUUAAUGUUAGCAGGAUUAUAUCCUCCAGAUGCGUUACAAAUGUGGAAUCCGGAUUUACCGUGGCUCGCUAUUCCUACGCAUUAUGUGCCUGAAAGAAUGGACAUGUUAUUAAAGCCUGAACAUUGUUCCAUUUACAAAGCAGCUUUAACCGAGGUAAAAGAAAUGAAAGAAGUCCGCAGUAAAAUCGCAAUUUACAAAGACUUUUUUAAAUUUUUGAGCGAGAAAACGGGAUUAGUCGUCAAUGAACCACUUAGUGUUUACAAAAUUUUCGAUAUACUAACAUCACAAAAAAUUAUGAAUUUAGCUUUACCUGAAUGGUGCACCGAUAAAGUAUAUCGGAAAAUGCAGGAUUUAAUUGUGCUAGAGUACGAUAUCCGUUCGUAUACGACUGAAUUAAAGCGACUGAACGGUGGUACGUUGAUCAAAAAGUUCAUCGACAAUAUGAACGUGAAUAAUUAUCAUACAAAUCCUCGCAAAAUGUACGUAUACAGCGGUCACGAAGUGAAUCUCGCUGCAUUUGUCAGAAUACAUAAUAUCAGUGAGCCGAGAAUACCAGAUUACGGAUCAACGUUUAUAUUCGAAAAGUUGCGAGACGAACAACAAAAUCUUUAUAUCAGGUUUACAACUCCGAUGCUGCACAUCAUAUCGGUGAGUCUCAUCAAUUUUUACUUAAAUUUUGGGUAAUCAUUUAUUUGAGAAAUCCUCUCGAUUUUUACAAUAUUGUGUAUAUCUUUGUGCGCAAAAUUUUAUUUAAAGAAACACAUAUAUUUCUUUAUAAAUAAAUUUUAUCUUACUAACUUUGUCGACAUCCAACAAUGAAAACAUCUGCUCUCGUCAGGUCAAAACAAAUAGCAAUGCAACGGUCGGUACCUAAGAUAAGGUGACCAAUGCCAUGCACCGUGCAAUGACGACACAUUAUUAUUAUUAUUAUUUUUUUUUUUUAAAGAAAAGGCUAUGGCUAAUUAAUACGGAGACAAAUAUUUAUUUGUAAUCAUUGUGAGCAAAAAGAAAAAAAAUAAUGACACAAAAAUAGAUUCAUUGUCAGUAUGAGAUUGACAUUUUCGUUUAUGCAAGUUACGUAACUCCCCUACGAGAUCUACGUCCCGCGC